CCUAUUUCCUCAUGUCAAAAGAUUGGCUUUGUAUUUGCACGAAAGGCUAGCUUUAUGAAAUAGUAAACAUUAAAACGGUAUAUAAUUAUGAAGAUUGAAUAAAUGUGUGUGGUUAAUAGGCCAGAUUAUCGGCGAUAAAUUAAAGUUCAAGGCGUUGUCCGUGUUAGCUAACAUGGAUUUACAAACAUCUCAUUUGGCUGCGGCGUUGAUGUCCGGUCCAUCUUUACCGACGUACAAUAACACGUCUACCGAGGUAACAUCUACAGAGACCACUCCACCUAAUGCUCCUAAUGAAGAAGUUAAGGUUGAGAAACCUGUCGAACCACCGAAAGAUCCCCCCGAGGAAGAAAAGGAAGAAGUAGCUAGUGGAGAAGAAUACACAGAUGAGGAAUCUGAAACUCAAGCUGGCAGUAAAUCAAUGCCAGGUAGAGGUGUAACCCUGCAGAUGCUUUUAGAAGAAAAAAUGCUUGAACCAGGCAAUGCAGCCAUGACAAUAGAGUAUUUAGGCCAAAAAUUUGUAGGAGACUUACAAGCAGAUGGAAAAAUCAAGUCUCAUGAAACUGAGACAAUAUUUUGCUCCCCCUCAGCAUGGGCUAUACAUUGUAAACGCAUUAUCAACCCAGAUAAAAGGUCUGGAUGUGGCUGGGCUUCUGUUAAAUAUAGAGGGAAGAAAUUAGAUACAAUUAAGGCAACAUAUCUUCGUAAAAAACAAUUGCAAAGGGAAAAUAUGCAUUCAGAUGAGGAGGUAGAAAUGGAAGUUGAAAAUCCUCCUGAGCCACCCCCACAGAGGAUUGUCAUGAAACAUAAUACUGUACCAAAUAGAAUGAUGCAGCACGAUGCUAACAUGUUAAUUGAAGCAGUAUCAUUUUCUUCAGCUGGCAAAGUUCAGCCGUUUUUGGUGUCUGUCAGCUCUAACGCUAACUUAGUGUUAGAUAUACACUGUCAUUUGAAAAAGGAAGAGGUUUAUGGAUACUUGGCUGGGACUUGGGAUUUGAAUAAUCAUAAUGUGAUGAUUACUCACACAUUCCCCUGUCUUAUCAGUAAAAACGACACCAGGCCACGUGUUUUAGUGGAAUUAGAGAUCCAAAUGGAAAUUGAGAAACUGGGACUUACACUGUUGGGUUGGUAUCAUUCCCACCCAACAAAUCCUGCCAUGCCAAGUCUCAGGGAUUGCGACAAUCAAUUAGAAUAUCAAAUUAAGAUGCGCGGGCCUAGCGAAAUAUCAUAUAUUCCAUGUAUUGGAGUCAUUUGCUCUCCAUACAAUCCAGAGAGUCCAGUCUUGGAAUCAUCACUUACUUUCUUCUGGGUCAUGCCCCCACCGGAACAGCGACCCACAGAGUACCCGCGACCUUUGCUGCUACAGUACAACAUGAUUCACGACAGUCAUUUGUCUACACAUGCCAUGGAACAAAUAAGGAAAAGCAUCAAGUACUACUUUUCCUACCCUGAUGACACUUUUAUCAAUUUCAAAGAAAACUUUAAGCCGGAUAUUACUUAUUUAGAUAAGCUAAAGUGUACCUUAACAGCUAAGUUCCCGCGAGAACAGAGUGAUGGUUUACUGUGGCAUUUCAUAAGAGAUGAAUUAGGAUGCUCUUCUGAAAAUGAUGAUAAGAUGGAUCUGGAUGCCUUAUUGGCUGUGCCACAGCCAAUACCUGUGUCCAAACCAAGCCAAGUAACUACUGUACCUAAUUUCCCAUCAGUCAGUACAUUGCAGCAGAUGGUUAGCCGGCCGGCAGGUGUGCCGCCUAUCAACGUAUCUUCUGGCAUUGGAUCAGGUUCACCUCACAAAUUUGAAACUCCGCAAUUAAACAUUCCUGUUCUACCUACUUCGUCCAAAUCUUCAUCGAAAUCUGCCACACCAACUCUCCCAUCAUCAUAUCCUACAGGUUUAGAUAUGUUGACGAGCAUGGCGUUAGGUUUAGGGUCACCUAACAUGCCUUUGCCCAUGGGAGCUUCUAGUUUGGAAAGCUUAGCUGCUGCUAAUAGUAUGCUAACUGGGCUUACUCCCGGUAUGUCCUCAAGUUUGGCUGCCAGUUUGUCUAGCAGCAAACUAGCUGACCCCCCGUCUUAUGCUGCAUCAUUGCAGAAUUUGACUAGCAGUAUUGGAAGUUAUGAUAAACCACCGAUUACCACCGCAACUAGCACCACAUCCACUGGCACGAUUCCUGCCAGUCUUGCCUCGAACCUAAUGAUGAGUUCUGCUGACAUUGCUAAUGCAUUGUUCUCGGCCAGUAAAUAUUCCAGUGCGGGAAUCCUUGGGAUUCCGGAUCCUAUGUCCAAAUCGACAUUAGCGGCAAAUAACAUGUUUUUGUCACCAUCGUUGAUGAAAAUGCAAGAAUCUCUAUUGAAACCGCUUUCGACAAGCAGUCCUAUUUCUACGAAAGCUGGAUUGGAUCAGAGCAUGCUUAUGAAGUCUCCUCACGAUCUUCUGAAAGGCAAUAAAGAUUAUUUGCCACCAGAUUUUGGCAGUAUAGGAAAAGGAAAACCUGAUUCCUUAGACAGUAUGAAGUUAAGUGAAUCUAGCAGCUCUUCGAAAUUGGAUACUCCAAAAUCAGAUAACAUAGAACCGCAGGCAACUGAUUUCAGUAUGCCGUCGCGAGUUGGAGGCGAAUCAUUUUUGAAUCAGAUGCUAGAAUUGACAAAGAAGACAACCAUGCCAGAUUAUUUAUCUGAUUACAACCAGCCUCUGAAAUUAACGAAACCUGAAGACCUAUCAACGUCUGUGCCACCGUCUAGUCAUUCCUAUAUGAAUAGUUCUAGUAUUGUUGAUACUAUUGCACAGGUUGCGAUGGGCAACUUUUCUAAGCAUGACGAGCCUAAAGAUUACUCGAAAGAAAUAGACUACAGUACAAGUAAAGUUAGUUCUUUACCACCUAAUGAUAACGAAAACUGAUAUUAUUGAAUUCCAUUCAAUUCUGAAUGUCAUAGACAGGAACUAUGUCGUCUUACGGAAAAAUUACGUCAUGUUGAUGUAGAAAGCAGCAUUGUAAAAGGGCUUGCGAUAAAAAUGUCCUCUUAUUGUCUCUCUCAAUUUACUACACCAUAAUGUCGGCCAAGUCUGUUCGCAAUUUUCAGGUACUAUGAUAUUGUACUGUUUAACGAUUUUGACAUUAAUAUACAUACAUUUUAUUUAUAUAUAUAGUCUAAAAUUAAUAAUUCUUGUAUUCCAAUGUAUAAAUUUCAUAAAUGUCUGAUUUAUUUUAUUGAAACUAUCCUGUGAUUUUAAUAGCUAUGUAAUUAGAAAGUAUAUCACAAAUAUGGAUAUUUCUUUUUGAGUUUUUUUUGUGCGUACGAAGUCAGUAACUUUUUUCAAGUCCACCAGUAUUUUUGGUUGAAGUCUGAUGUAAAUUAAUAUAUGCAGUGAAUCGAAUAACUUAGAGUGUCGAGUAGUCUAUGUAUUAUCAAAAGUUUUACUAAUUGUUUAUAAUGUAAUAAUAUAAUAGUAGUGUUGUGAUUAAUCGUCAUUCUCGAAUAUUGUGUCGAUUUUAGUUAAGGGUACAAAAUACUGAUUUGUAUUAAUAGAUUGUAAGUGCGUCUACUUGGAUAUUUUACAUUGUUUACUAUAUUUAUUUGAUAUUUAAUAAAUUUUGAUAGUGAUGCACCUU